AUGAACAACGAUGUCUUCGUGCAAGAGAUGAAUGGAGCCGUUAUAUCCCUCCUGCAGCAAAGCCCUACAGCAGUCGGGGACUCGCUAGCGGCUAUCGGAGAAAGUUACGUCAAAGAUUCUGUGGAUUUAGACUUAGUGUUGAAUCGCAAGAUGCGCCUUCUCAGUCGACUACGACUGAUUGACGAAGGUGGAAGCAACCCAGAGCUAGUUCUGAUGCUGCUACUGGCGCUUUGUGGGGUUGAGCUUGUGAACCCUCAAUCUGAUGAUGGUGGAAAGGCACUCUCCGCGCUCAUCGUCAAUGUUUCUCUCAUUUUAGAGGUCUAUAGUCGCCAAGGAAAGGAGCUGACUAGAAUGGCUAAAUAUUUCGUGAGAGGGUUGGCCCGUCAAGACCUUCUGAUUUCUCUUUCGCGCAUGCAACGCACUAAGAUUGAACCGCGUAUCUGGCUGGACGAGUACUCCAUGUGCCAUGGUGACCGACUAAUGAGAUUCACGACUACACUAGCUCCAAUCCUUUCGGAGCUUUCCGGUCUCGCUGAAGAUGUUUGUUAUGCUUUGGAUUGUCGUUCCAUCACCGAUAAGAAAUACGACCCUGCAGAGUCAAUGCCUAAUGACCUUGCCAUUGGAUGCACCAAUUCAUUCGAGAGGGAAGCAAUCAUCCGCGCUCAACUACUGACCUGGCGCCCUGUUCAAGAUUUGUCCAUGUCAAUACAAGCGUCACAUAAGUUUCUCCUCCACGCAUACGCAUGGAGAGCAGCAGCGCUCCUAUACCUAUUUCGUCUUUUCAAUCGAGCAGGGAGUUCGACGAAAGCAGAUACCGAAGCCCUUUCCAUGGCCUACGAGACUGUGGCUCAGAUUUCUGGCUCACCUCAAGAUAUCAAACUCUCUCUUUGGCCGCUAUUCAUCGCUGCGUGUGAAGUGGAAAAGCCCGAGGAUCGGCUUCAUAUUUCCCGGCUGUUCGACGAUAUUUACCAGGCGCGGCCCAUGGCCACCACCAGGCGUACCAAAACCUUUUGUGCUGAGCAAGUAUGGCUUGCAAGAGAUUCAGGUGCGAAUUGGGACUGGAUGUAUUUGGCACGAUGUGCAUCCAAUUGUCCCAUCCCGCUGUAA